AUGUAUGCGCUAGACGUCGAGACUGAGGGAGUAAGAGAGCUGGUUGGCGGGCGUGGAGAAGGUAUAAUACUCCCCCCAUGCGACAGUUCCAGUAUUACAGCGGAAGAACGAUCUGUGAAAUUUGAGGAAGAGAUGAUGGAAAUUGGUGGCAGUGUUUCACAGGACUCUGAAAAUAGCGUGACAAGUCCAGUGCGAAUGAACGUUUUUUGCGUGGCUUUGUCUACGUACAUAAAACGUUUACGGGGUGGUGGUGUGGAGGGGCUACCGGUCUUUGCUCCAUCUCUCGAUCUUGUGCCGACCUUCCUGUUAUCAAUAGGAAUUAUGCUUGUGCUGGCUGCUGUUGAUGUGUUUGCAUUAGAACCUUAUGGUCUGCAGUCGUACUUACCAUCGUUCGGCUCUUCUUGUGCUUUGACAGUGUGUCUAAUGACCACUCCAGGAGCACAACCACGAUGUUUUAUCUUAACGCAUUUUAUUGGCGCAUUUCUCGGGCUAUCUUUUGGACACGCAACAAAGACGCUUGAGCAACCAUUAGGGAGACUGUUAGCUAGCGUAUUUGCCGUUUCGGUGCUGUCUCCGCUUAUGUCCCUUCUUGGAUGGUUUCAGCCCUCCAGUUCGGCAACAGCAGUACUGGCAGCAUUUCAUGAGUAUGGUCGAAUGAAUGACGAGGGUUAUAUGUUUCUUGUGGCUCCUGUGUUACUUGGAGUGUUCAUUAUUUUCAUACUGUCCUGGGUUACCAACAACCUAGUACCGUGGCGUCCAGCUUACCCUCUUUGGUGGUGA